CACACUAAGGAAAGAUGACUGUUUUUACUGUUUUUGGCGAAUGUUAAUGUACGGACGAACUGUAGCGCUAGCAGUAUUUAUCCUCCGAGAAACUAAUUAAAUUUUUUCUACGGAAUACAACUAUUGGGAAGGACGCCUUACUCAUCUUUUUUCUUCUUUUGGUUGAGGAAAACCCUACAGGGUUGUCGGGCCAGUGGGUCGACAGGAGUUGGAACAACGACGAUCUUCCCGGACUACUUUUCAUGAAAAGAAAGUACUGUUUGGACGGUUUUUCGAUGCUAGGACACAUCUAGGUUAACCUUUAGGUGUUAGUUUAGGGGUUAAUAAUGACCUCUGAUGUGCGAAAGAGCUAUUCUCAUGGACUGGUCAGAACAGUGUCAAAGGCUAAGCUAGGUUUUGAUCCUGACUGUUACUAAAGCUAACGUUACUUUGAGUGCUGACACAACGGUUAUUUAUAUACUAACGUCAACGUUUAGCUUUGGGAUACAUGUUAUUCCUAACUCUUCAACUAAACCACACAAGGAAAGAGAUACUCCUUUUUCAAUUCCUUUGUCAACUUUCUAAGUGAAUGACACAGGAGUCAGCAUGGCAUUCUUUAAUUUCCGAAAAAUAUUUAAAUUGGGAGCUGAGAAGAAGAAGAAACAAUAUGAACACGUCCGCAGGGAUGAGAAUCCGGAGGAAGUAUGGGAUAUCAUUGGUGAAUUGGGAGAUGGAGCUUUUGGAAAAGUAUACAAGGCUCAGAACAAACAGACGGGCAUCCUAGCCGCCGCUAAGGUCAUCGACACAAAGACGGAGGAGGAGCUGGAGGACUACAUGGUGGAGAUCGAUAUCCUGGCCUCCUGCGACCACGAGAACAUCGUCAAACUGCUCGACGCUUUCUAUUAUGACGGCAAACUGUGGAUUCUCAUCGAGUUCUGUGCAGGAGGGGCUGUGGACGCUAUCAUGCUGGAACUGGAGAGAGCCCUCACAGAGCCUCAGAUCAGGGUGGUGUGUAAGCAGACCCUGCAGGCUCUCGUCUACCUCCACGACAACAAAAUCAUCCACAGAGACCUGAAGGCCGGCAACAUCCUCCUCACGCUGAAUGGUGACGUGAAGCUGGCUGACUUCGGCGUGUCUGCCAAAAACACCAAAACCCUCCAGAGGAGAGACUCUUUCAUUGGAACGCCUUACUGGAUGGCUCCAGAAGUGGUCAUGUGCGAGACGUCAAAGGACCGCCCGUACGACUUCAAGGCGGACAUCUGGUCCCUCGGGGUCACCUUGAUCGAGCUGGCACAGAUCGAGCCGCCGAAUCACGAGAUGAACCCCAUGAGAGUCCUGCUGAAAAUAGCCAAGGCCGAUCCUCCGACCCUGAUGCAGCCGUCACGCUGGUCUCCAGAAUUUAGCGACUUCCUAAAGCGAUGUCUGGACAAGAACGUGGACAACAGGUGGAAUCCGACACAACUCCUCCAGCAUUCGUUUGUGUCCUCUGUGAUGGACAACAGGCCGCUGAGGGAGAUCAUAGCCGAGGCGAAGGCCGAGGUCACCGAGGAGAUCGAAGAGCACAAAGAGGAAGAAGAGGAGGAAGACUCAGAAGCACAUCUGGGUCACAAACGCGCUCCAUCUGACGCCAGCGUCGCCAGCUCUGAGGAUGAGAAGAUCCCUCUCUCUCCCUCCAUACUGGAAUCAGUCCCUGAGAAGCUGGAGCCAGUUCCACCUGUGCCCAUACCUGCACCCACACCUGCACCCGCUGAGCUCCCUGUGGGUAACCACGUGUUGGACGCCAGCUUUAUAGAAGAACCUCCCGCCCCUGCAGCAGAAGAGCAGACAAACACUCCAGUGGAGGAUGGACAGAAAGAAGAGAAACCGGUAGAGGAGAAGCUUCCAGAAGCAGGGGUUGAUGUUGCCUCACCUGAACCACAGACUGAACCAGAGGCCCUUGUUAAAGAAAUGGAGCAGCUGGAGAUAGCUGCUGAUGACGAGAAGGAGGUGGACACGGCCGAGGAUCCAGCUGAUCCAGAGACCCCCGAGGCUCCUCAGGAGGACAAAACGCCCGCUGUGGAGGAAUCUCAAACACCAGCAGAGGAGAAGGAGAAGGAGAAGGAGAAGGAGGAGGAGGAGGACCCGUACAAACACCUAAAUGUGACUCUGACACUACCAACGAAGGAUGAAAAAGAGCAGAAUGGAGAGAAGCCCAAAGAAAAGGUGGAAAUAAACACAGAAAAUGAGAAGAGCAUUCCAGACAAGGCUAAGGAUAAUAAAGAGAAAGACUCUGACUCUGGACGCGGCUCGGCUGCAGACCUCAACCUGUCUAUCUCAAGCUUCCUGUCCAAAACUAAAGAGCCUGGAUCUGUUUCCGUACAGGACACCAGACGUCAGAAGAAGACGCUGAAAAAGACGCGCAAGUUCAUGGUGGACGGCGUGGAAGUUAGCGUGACUACAUCAAAGAUCAUCACUGACAACGACACCAAGAACGAGGAGAUGAGAUUCCUGAGGCGCCAGGAGCUGAGGGAGCUGCGUCUCCUGCAGAAGGAGGAGCAGAGGGCCCAGCAGCAGCUCAGCAACAAGCUGCAGCAGCAGAAAGAACAGAUCUACAGGCGCUUUGAGCAGGAGACCACGAGUAAGAAGCGUCAGUACGACCAGGAGGUGGAGAACCUGGAGCGGCAGCAGAAGCAGACCAUCGAGCGGCUGGAGCAGGAGCACACCAACCGGCUGCGGGACGAAGCCAAACGCAUCAAAGCUGACCAGGACAAAGAGCUUUCUAAGUUCCAGAGCGUGUCGAAAAACCGCAAGAAGGAGGAACAAGAGUUUCUUCAGAAGCAGCAGCAGGAUCUGGACAGCGAUCUGAAGAAGAUCAUCCAGCAACACAAGCUCGAGCUCGCCACCAUCGAGAGAGACUGCCUCAACCACAAGCAGCAGCUUCUCAGAGCCAGGGAAGCCGCCAUGUGGGAGCUGGAAGAGCGCCACCUGCAGGAGAAGCACCAGCUGUUCAAACAGCAGCUCAAAGACCAGUACUUCAUGCAGAGACACCAGCUGCUGAAGAGACACGAGAAGGAGAUGGAGCAGAUGCAGCGCUACAACCAGCGUCUGAUCGAGGAGAUGAAGAACAAGCAGACUCAGGAGAGGACCAGACUGCCCAAGAUCCAGCGCAGCGAAGCCAAGACCCGCAUGGCCAUGUUCAAGAAGAGCCUGCGCAUCACCGGAGCUGCCAUGACCCCCGAGCAGGAGAGGGAGAAGGUCAAACAGUUUGCAGCUCAGGAAGAUAAGAGACAGAAGAACGAGAGGCUGCACCAGCAACAGAAACACGAGAACCAGAUGAGAGACCUGCAGCUGCAGUGUGACGCCAACGUCAGAGAGCUCCAGCAGCUCCAGAACGAGAAAUGCCACCUGCUGAUCGAACAUGAGACCCAGAAGCUGAAGGAGCUGGAUGAAGAGCACAGUCUGGAGCUGAAGGAGUGGAGGGAGAAACUACGACCCAGGAAGAAGGCCCUGGAGGAUGAGUUCGCCAGGAAGCUGCAGGAACAGGAAGUCUUCUUUAAGAUGAGUGGAGAGUCGGAGUGCCUUAACCCCUCCGCCCAGAGCCGCAUCUCCAAGUUCUACCCCAUCCCCAGCGUCCACUCCACCGGUUUCUAGAACAAACCUGCACACACACACACACACACACACAAACACACACACAAA